GCAAAUGUCAAGGUAUCGAGCUGAAAAUUUUACCCCAGCCUUCGCACUUCCGCCCCAACAUAUGCUCCAAAUUUCAGCCCAUUCGUAUUGACUAGGGCUGAGAUCGAUUUUUGAGGGGGAGGGGGGCCUUAAAUGGUUAUCAGUUCACAAAAAAACGAAGUAAUAGGAAGAGUAAUCAGUAGAGAAGCAGAGAUCGUAAUUGCACAAGUGUCAUUUCGUUAUGUUCACAAGACUUAGUCAUCAUAAAAGAUGAAACACAACAUUCUUGUACACAAGAUAAAAGUAAGAUCAUUAUUGAUAUAACUGUUGCGACUAUGAGAAAACGUGCACGAGAUGAAGUAAUACCAAUUCGCAAGAUUUAUUCCCAACAAGUUGUUAAAGCAAGGAUUCAGAAUCCUGAUCUACAAACUGGUAGUAUGAUUCAGUUUCUAUCAUUAGAUGGUGGCGAACGACUGUUAGUUUUUGGAGCUGAUUGGAGUAAUAGAUUUCUUUUAUUAUGUGAUUUGUGGCACUCUGAUGGUACGUUCAAAGUUAGAUCCGUGCUCUUUGAACAAUUAUAUAUUAUAUUUGGAUUUAAUAAUGGUUUUAUGAUACCUUGUGCAUAUUCAUUAACAACACGUAAAAAUGCUGUUGUGUCUACAAAAAUAUUGUUGCAUUUAAGUGAACUUGGCAAUAAAUUAAAUAUCAAAAUGAAUCCAAAAAGAUGA